ACAAGUGUCCGGUUUGAAAACCUAACUAACACGCACAGAAUUCCACGAAAAUCGGUAGAGCUAUUUUUAAAGAGUUUAAUUACUACAUACUACAUUAGAUGGAAAGAGAACGUCCUAUAUCCAAAUUUAAAGUAAAAACAAUUUUGACUUUCAAAUUGAUUCAUUGGUACAUUGCUUUUACCCACAAUACCUCAAAACGCUUUAAAUUCCCAAUUCACCAUCUCAAAACCCAGCAAUAAUCACGAAUUACAUUUUGAUGGUGCUCUUCAAUCAUCAAUAAGAUUAUAUUUAUUUAUAAGGCUCUGGGAGUUAGCCAUGGACUAGUCGCUCCCGCACCCUCGCCUAGUACGGUCGUGUGGUUCCCUCGCUAACUUCGCGAUACAAAUUGUGCUAUACAUUUAAAACAUUUUGAAACGUUUUGUGUAGUGCUGUAUUUUGGAUUACAGUUCGUGUAUUAAAACUAUUUUAAGCCCAACGAGAGCUUCGCGAGACUGCCAACUAUGUUUUAGUGGAAAGUUUGUUCCUAACCCCAAGUGCAGUGAUACUAUAGAUAAGUCAUUUUGACGAUAUUUUUCAUUAGUGUAAACACUAGUAAGUGAGGAAAAUGGGAUGCAACACUAGUUCCGAAGCCAAAACUACCAAAGACGAGAAAAAUGAGAAAAAUAAUGCCCAGGAAAACCAAACGAAUACUGCUACAGAAGAAAAGCAAAAAGAAUCAGAAGAGAAAUCAGAAGAGCAGGCGGCGACAAAGAUCCAGGCAGCUUUCCGUGGUCACCGGACGAGGAAGUCAAUGAGCAUGAAGACCAGCAAGCAGCAGCAGCAGCAGCCGGAGCCGCAGCCGACCAAGGCCGAGCUGGAGGCCGAGUUCAGGGCUGAUGAUAAAGAACUAUGCAACGCGGCGACCAAGAUCCAGGCAUCGUUCAGAGGCCACCAGGCACGCAAGGAGAAGGAGCAAGCCGUGAAGGACCAGGAGCAGCAAGAUAAGGAGGACAUUGAAAAGAUUGACCUCUCGGACCCGAACCUCAACAAGGCCGCUACCAAGAUCCAGGCCUCUUUCCGCGGCCACAAAGUGCGCAAGGACGUCAAAUAAGGUGACCUUGAUGUCACUCAAUCGCGGGACAGUCUCUGAUUUCGAAAACACAGGAUUUACAACGGAAAAAGCAAACUAAUAUUUUGUUGUUUUUAAAUAUUUGGAAAAUUGAUACAAUUUUGUUUUAAUAUGUAUAUAAGACGUAUUUAUGCUAUUAAAUAAUUGUAAUCGAAAUAAAUCGAUUUGUUUUAUUUGAAAUUUGAUGUAUCGUCAAGGGUCUGUGCGUGCAAUUCAUCGUCUUCGUUUGUUUCAAGUAUAUAUUUUAUCUAUUCAAUAUAUAAAUGUAAGUAUAUAUUUAUUUUGGGAUAAGGAAUGUAAAAUUUUCGUGUUUUCGAAGUUAGUAACUUUGGAAUGUUAACUUAAAAAAGUGAGUAAUCGUGUAGAGUAUGUCAAUUCUCUACUUCAUCAUUGUCAAUUUUUGUCUCGUACUUAUAAUUGUUAACAUCUAUGAUCAUGUUGUUUUUGCAAAAAAGAUAUUUUUUUUUCUUCAAUAAGAAUUUUUAAUGUACAUUUUAUGAGUCUUAAA